AUGCCGCCACUCUCCAGCAAGCUUGACCGCAAGCUGCGUGCUGCCGAGGAAAGCUCAGACAACAGCGAGAACUACGAAGUGACGGACCGAUCUUCCUCCGAGUCCGUACUAGAGUUUGGCGCUGGCGAAGUUGUGGGCUCAGAUAGUGAAGAUGACGCUGCAGAUGGUUCUGAGGAUGAAGAGAUGUCAGACGCAUCUGGAGACGACCAAGUACAAGCACAAAUGAGCAAGAUCUCUUUUGGGGCUCUAGCCAAAGCACAGGACGCGCUCUCGAAAUCGACAGACCGGAAGCGCAAGCGAGGCGAGGACUCCUCAAAAUCACAGGAAGACAAGCUGGAGGCACUGAGGGAGCGGUUACGACGGAUCAAGGCGGAGAAGAUUGCAAAUGGGGAGGCACACCCGAGCAAGAAGCCCAAGGCCGCUGAGAAGAGCAAGACGAAGCGUCAGGAGCGCGACGAGAGCGAGGACGGAGAGGACGACUCAGAUUCAGACGCCGCACCGCACGCACGAUCUAGCAAGCACGCGCCCGCCGUACAGUCGAGCAAACGCAUGGUGUCACGCAAGCGAAAUGUUGUCGAGGUCAAGAAACCUGUCUUUCGCGACCCACGAUUUGAGAACAUUGGCGGACCCCGGCCGGACGAGAAUACACUCAGCAACCGGUAUGCGUUCUUGAAUGACUACAAGGCGUCUGAGAUUGCAGAACUCAAGAAGGCUAUCAAGAAGUCAAGAAACGGUGACGAAAAGGAGCAGAUGAGGAAACAAUUGGAGUCAAUGGAGUCACAAAUGAAGACUCAGCAAAGGAAGGACGAGCAGCAAGCUGUUGUACGAGAACACAAGAAGAAGGAGAAGGAGCUGAUCAAGGAGGGAAAGCAGCCCUUCUACCUGAAGAAGUCCGAGCAAAAGAAGCUUGCCCUGAUCGACCGCUUCCAGAACAUGAAAUCGAAGCAGCGCGACAGGACCAUCGAGCGCCGUCGCAAGAAGGUUACCGCAAAGGAGCGGAGGAACAUGCCCGCGGAGCGACGGUCUGCAUGA